AUGGAUAUCUGCAGCCAAGAAGCAAGCAAAGACCCAAAAAGAAGCAAUGCAAGGGGUGAGCAGCACAGCAAUGGGCGCGUCAUCUUCGCCAUCAUCAUCGCCUUCUCGGCGCCACUGGUCGUGUCGCAGGGCGUCCUCCCGCGCCGCCUCUUCCCGGCGCCGCUGGUGGCGUUCAGCCGUUGGUACGCCGCAAAGUUUGACGACUACCUGACAGCUGAUCCGCCGGCUUUGUUCCGUGGACUCACUUGGCUGGAGCUCGCCUUCCAGUGGCCGCUCUGGGUCGCCAACAUCUACAGCAUCCUCGCCCACCAAAGCUGGGCCGGCACCACGGUACUCAUGGCCGGCGUCUCCACCCUCACCUCCAUGUCGGCAAUACUUGGAGAUGUUUUGGGGUCAGGAAGGGCGACGAAGAAGCUGCUUCUGGUGUAUGUCCCAUACGCCAUUUUCGCUGUCAUUGCCAUUCUUCGUGGACUCACCAUCUUGGGGUUUCCUGCGGCUACCGCUAAUUCAUCGCUUGCACCUCCAGCUUGGAAGAAGAUCAUGUAGCAUCAGUUUCUUGGCCUGUGUAUAACCAGCCACCGCAAAAUAGCUCUCUGGAUAGCUUCCGUCACCGUCUAAAACAAGUUUUUUUUUAUCUUCUGACAUCUCCGUCUAAAACAAGUUAAUCAAGCAAGACGGACAGGACGCUGAUGUAUCAUUGAGAUUACAACAGAACGAGGGAAAUCAUUUGGUGUACUAGUGAAAAAA